AUGCAACACCGAGGGCCCAGUGGCGUGAACCAGCUGGGGGGUCUCUUCGUGAACGGCCGCCCCCUCCCCGCCUGCAAGAGGAAGAGGAUCGUCGAGCUGGCGGCAUGCGGCGUCCGCACCUCGGACAUCUCCCGCAGCCUCAAGGUGUCCAACGGCUGCGUCAGCAAGAUCCUGGGCCACUACUACCGGACGGGGGCCGUGGAGCCCAAGGCUAUUGGGGGCAGCAAGCCCCGCAUGGCCACCCCCGAGGUGGUGGCCAGGAUCGCCCAGCUGAAGCUGGAGCACCCUUCCCUCUUCGCCUGGGAGAUCCGUCGGCAGCUGCGCGCCGAGGGCAUCUGCGCCAGCAACAGGACCCCCAGUGUCUCCUCCAUCAACCGGGUGCUGAGGAACCUGCCCAGCGACCUGCGGCUGGCGGCGGAGCGGGCCGGUGCCACCAUCUCCCCAGGGACCCAGCACCCUCCGUGGGGCUCCGCGUCUGGCCGGCGGCUCCCGCUGAGCACCCAUCACAGGAACAGGACGGUUUUCUCUAGCCAGCAGUCAGAGGCCCUGGAGAAAGAGUUUCAGAGGGGACAGUACCCAGACACCGUCACCCGGGAGAGACUGGCCGCGGCCACCCAGCUCCCUGACACAACCAUCAGGGUCUGGUUCUCAAACCGAAGGGCGAAAUGGAGGCGGGAGGCCAAGCAGAAGCUGGAGGCUGGCAGUGCAGGCUCCUGGUGCGACUGGAUCCUGCCCCGUGGGGUGGCUGUGGCUGCUUUCGGCCCCCCCUCCACAACAGCCGCCGGCUCCGCACAGCACCUCUCAGCCACCCCCGCCGGCUCGCUGCAGCCCCUCCGUGGCCACUGCCACGGUCACGGCCACGGCCACGGUCACAGCCACGGCCUCACCACCUACGCUGGCACCCUGGCCCCGCUGCACCUCUGUGCCUCCGGCCCCUGCGCCUGGGAUGAUGCUUGUUGCGCGAUUGCCCGUAGGUGCUGGCAAGCCCCUGAGCUGCGGUAUCGGUUCAGCGUGCCCUGGUACGGGGAUGGGACAUCGGCGGGCAGGACCGCGCGGCACAGCUAG